AUGUCGCAGUCUCCGAGUCCUUCUGACAACAAUUCACCUAAUGCGACCCAUAACGCUCUCAAACGGCGCAUUGCUGCUCUAGAAGAGCAAAAUGCUGAGCUGCAGGGAGAAAGCCAUCGCAACAAAAGCCAUGGUGAUAUAUAUGUCCCUGCUGGCCGAGCCAUCCGGCGCCUCAUGAGCUUAACUGACAGGGUUGAGGACCUUAUCGGAGAGCACGAUCGAAGGAGCGCUCUAUGUGAUGAAGAUGACCAACACACGGAAGAGGAGGAACGAACCUAUCAGUCAUUUCAACAGCUACUUCGCUGGGUUCCAUGUGUCCGCAGCCUUAUCAACUCUCAAAGUGACGGAUAUCAGCUCAACGUUGCUUAUCAAAAACUCAAUAAAGGUGCCGAUUCAGCACGGGGCGAUGAUGCUAGUUCUUUGAAGAAAACAGUGGCUUCGUGGCUCAAUGAGAGCCGUCCUACCCCCAACCCACCAAUCUCCUCAGUCGACAAGUCCGGACGUGGAUUUUAUCAUGAUGCGACCGGGGAACUUCUAUGUCCUGUGGAUUUCCAUUGGGCCAAUCCAAGCCAUAGAACGAAGGAAGGGAUCCGAAACUACGAACCUGACUUCCAAGUCACUGCCCAUUCAUGGCCAGCAUUCUUGUAUAGUAACGGCAAAUACGACCCUGACGACCCGACGAAAGGGCUGUUCAAAAGUGCUUGGCUCGUCAGGACUUUCAAACAUAUUUUUACAUCCCCCAGCUCUGCUGGGGAGAUACGACCUGACGAAGAAGAACCCCUGGGCUACCAGGAAUCAUCGCACAAGCGGUCUAGGACCUCAGGUGAACGGCGCACCCGGUCCAACAUUGCGACAAUAUUAGGAAUGCGCUCAGUUCAACCGCGAGCUAUCGCCUAUUCAGCAGUCCAAUUUUACAUCUACAUCAUCGACUACUUCGAGCAUCCACCUACAUCUGCCGCCAAAGCCUCCAUCGACACUCUUCUUGUUUGGUGGAACAGAAAGGUAUUUGGGGCUCGCAAUGUGUCUACUUACUUGCCUCAGAAUGUAGUGCAAUACUCUGUUGCUAACACUUCUGCCAGACGCUGCCAGUGA